UAAUUACUAAUGUUUGUUGCAUUUUUUCCUGCCAAAUCAUUGUACAACUUUUUUUUUGCAGACACUAUAAAAAUUGAAUUAAUUUUAGUAUUUCUAGCUUUUUCUAGAAGCUUUUUAUAACAGACCACGUUUUAUCAUGGGACCCUUGGACCUGGAUCGUAUGAUUGAAAUUGAAAAGAAUUGUAAAUAUCUUCCAGAAAAUGAUUUGAAAAAAUUAUGUGAUUAUGUCUGUGACCUUCUACUUGAAGAAUCCAAUGUUCAACCUGUCUCUUCACCUGUGACUGUUUGUGGGGAUAUUCAUGGACAGUUUUAUGAUUUAUUAGAACUGUUCCGGACUGGCGGAGAGGUGCCAGAAACCAACUACAUUUUUAUGGGUGAUUUUGUCGAUCGUGGAUACUUCAGUUUGGAAACAUUCACAUAUCUAUUAACCCUGAAAGCAAAAUGGCCAGACAAGAUUACUCUUCUUCGUGGAAAUCAUGAAAGCAGACAGAUCACGCAAGUUUAUGGCUUCUAUGAUGAAUGCCAAAUGAAAUAUGGAAAUGCUAAUGCUUGGCGUUACUGCACCAAAGUUUUUGACCUUCUCACAGUUGCAGCUAUUAUUGAUUCAUGUAUUCUGUGCGUACAUGGUGGUUUAUCUCCAGAUGUGAAAACCAUGGAUCAGAUUCGCACCAUCGAUAGGCAGCAAGAGAUUCCUCACAAAGGAGCGUUCUGUGAUCUUGUAUGGUCUGACCCUGAAGAUGUGGAAACAUGGGCAAUAAGUCCAAGAGGUGCCGGCUGGCUUUUUGGAUCUAAAGUGACCAACGAAUUCGUUCAUCUCAACAACCUGAAGUUGAUUUGUCGUGCUCAUCAACUUGUACAUGAAGGGUACAAGUAUAUGUUCGAUGAGAAAUUGGUCACUGUCUGGUCUGCGCCUAACUACUGUUAUAGAUGUGGAAAUAUAGCUUCCAUUUUGCUUGUACGUACACCUGAUGACAGAGAAGCUAAACUCUUCAGGGCUGUUCCAGAUAAUAUGCGUGUGAUACCUCCCAGGAAUACUGCACCUUACUUUUUAUAAUGUGAUUUCGUCUGUCACAUCUCAGUAUGAAUAUUAUUGGUUGACAUUCCAUAUCAACCUAGCAGAGUGCACUUCAGUUUACUCUGGCGUUUUUAUGAUGAUAGACAAUUCCCCAAAGGAUAAUAUAUAGAUCCAAGGAUGUACUUUGUAAUGCACUUGAAGACCCCAAAGUGAUAAAUUUUGGAACCGCUUGAACAUGUAUAUAUGAGUAUAUUACUUAUACAGCUCGAUAUAUAUGUUUCAAGUGGAUGGAUGGCAAACCAGCUGCCCUCUAUCUAUUGGCAGCAUGAAUAUGAUUGUAUAACUCAAAGUUACAGUGUGUUUUCCUUUGAUAACUCUGGAUAUUUUUAUAAAAGUUCAUCAUCAUAUACAUUAAAAUUAUUAUCUUUUCCACAUAAGUAAUAUUGUUAUGUUAUCAGGUUCUUUUUCAUCUUGCUCAUUAAUUCGCUCAACACUCCACAAUGUCCAUGCUUGAAAGAAAAUUUAUGACAUUGUUUCUCUGUCUUUGAUCAAAAUAUCAAAGCUACGAUAAUUCCCGAAAUUGAUAAUUAAAAGUGGAACUUCACAGACAGUAGUGCAAAGUUUUUAUCAUGAUUGUUUUCAUUUAUUCAGCGAGAGUUGGUCAGUUUCAAUGCAGUUCACCAAUUUCUAUCUGAUGUUUUGACAGAAAAAAAAAUUUCCUCAAAGCAUUAUUUCCAUGCUUCGCGCUAAAUUAUCGAAUAUACAUUACCAGUAACUUCUCAGUCCUGGUAUUAUUUGUUAUAACAACUGAAUAUUGAUUUAGUAUUGUUUUUAAUCAUACUUUGCUUAUUUAUCUUCAAGCUUAUCAUCAGAGUUAUGAUUUUCCUAUGAAUCUUGACUAAUUAAACAACUUUUGUAAUUGUUAAGUAUGGUAAUAUUAUUGAAUUAAAAGUCCUAAGAUUUCUCACAAUAUAUUUACAAACUUUGUCAACAUUAAAGCUUUUCUGUUCAUUGCUCUUAUAUGAGAUGCUCAAUACAUCCAUUGACUGGUA